AUGGCUGUGAAACAGGGAGCGCAGCCGCCAUCCAAGGUGCAGAUCUCGAGGUUAGCCGGGAUUCGCCACUGCGGCAGCAGCGCGACAGCACUGAUGGUCGCCACCGUCGACCUCAGUCCCUUCAUGGCCGACGAGGGCGUCGUCGUGGGCGCGGUCCCCACUGCGUCGCAGCUAGCAGGCGCAAAGGCCAUCGACCUGGCCUGCCGCGACACCGGCUUCGUCCAGGUCAUCAACUUUGGCGUGAGCGCCGAGCUGCGACGCCGAGCCUUUGCCGCAGCGGAGGCGCUCUUCGCCCAGCCCGAGGAGCACAAGCGCGAGCGGCUCGCGCGACUACAGCCGGCCACAAACACUGGCUACGCGCCCGUCGGACUCGAGUCACUCAACCGAGCGCGGCCGGCCGACCUCAAGGAGGCGCCAGAGCUUGGGCUGAAUAAUUUUGCGGGCUGCCCCAACGGGUAUGAGGAGACUGCGCUCGAGCUCUGGCGUGCGCUGGAGCUGGCGGCGCGGCGGUAUGCGCUCGCCUGCGCGCUGGCCCUCGGCCUCGAGACCGACUACUUCCUCCGCUCGCUGCAGCGCUUCGACCUUUGCACGCUCCGCAUGCCGCCCCUAGAUUGCAAACGCCGCAUGCUACACUACCCUCCCUGCGAUCCUCCGGCCGAAGGGCGCGGCCGGCAGCCGGUCUCCUCGUCUGCGAUCCGCGUCGGCGAGCACACCGACUUUGGCGCGUACACGUUCCUGCUUCUCGGCGACGGCGCGCAGGGGCUGCAGGUCAAGUCGGUCGCUGGUGGCGAGGUCGGCGGCGCGGCGGGCGGCGAGGGUGAGGGGUGGGCCGAUGUCGUGCCCGAGCCUCAGCCAGAGGGCGUGGUCGGGGCGGUGGUGAACACCGGCGCGCUGCUCGCCCGGUGGACAAACGACGUGUGGUGCGCGACGGCCCACCGCGUCAUCGUGCCCACCGCGGCCGCCGCCGCCGCCCACCGCUACAGCAUAGCCUGCUUCAUCGACCCCGAUGCCGACUUUGUCGUCGCGGUCGACCCCCGCUUCGCGCGCCCGGGCGAGGAGUUGCGCUACCCGCCGACGACGGGGCUUGAGUACCUGAUGGGCAAGCUGAGAGAAGCACAGGGCGUGCAAAAGCCUGCAGCGAGCGGGAGGGACUGA